UCCUCCGGUCAGAAUUGCCAACUUGAACAGGCAGAAACGCUCAUAUGGAUCUUGGGCGUCCUGCUAGCUGCAAAGAUGGAAGCAUGUUCAUGUGCCCUAGGCUUUACACCGCAGCUUUCGAGGGGCAAACGGAGGAGGUCACCGGGCUCCUGAUGGGAAGCAGCGUUGAUGCGCCGGCAGCAGCAAGGAACGGCCGGCCAUCGACGGCAGUUAAUCACCGUGGACCCUGCACGGCGCAGGAGGUGACCGCGGAGCGAAACACCCUUCUCCACAUCGCCGCGGGGCAGGGCCACGGUGGCCUCAUCGCCGAGCUCUGCUACCGGGACAGCUCCCUCCUCUCCUCCGUCAACAAGGCGCUGGACACGCCGCUGCACAGCGCGGCUAGGGCAGGCGGCGCCAACGCCGUCGAGGACAUCGUCCGGUUGGCCCGAGCUAACUGCCUGGAGGAAGGCGGGGUUAUUAUCCGCGGGAAGAACGUGGCCGGAGACACUGCCAUGCACCUGGCCGCGAGGCACGGCCAUGGGGCGGCGGUGGAGAAGCUUGUGAAGCUGGCACCGGAGCUGGCGUCGGAGCUGAACCGCGCCGGCGUGUCGUCUCUAUACCUGGCGGUGACGAGCGGCUCGGUGGAUGCCGUCAGAGCGAUUGUCUCGCACGGUGACGCGUCGGCAGCCGGACCCAAUCAGCAGAAUGCUUUGCACGCCGCUGUUCUCGAAAGUUCAGAGAUGGUUGAUUUGCUUUUGCAAUGGAGGCCCGCGCUUGGUAGCGACCUAGACAUAAACAAGAGCAGCCCACUGCAUUUUGCUUCAUCUGAUGGUGAUUGUUCGGUCAUCGAAAAGAUCAUAACUCAUUCACCACCCAACACUACAUACCUACAGGACAGUGAAGGCCUCUCGGCUUUAAGCGCCGCUGCACUCAUGGGACAUGUAUCUGCCGUCCGCUUGUUGCUACGAUUUCACCCUGCUUGCGCAGACGUUCGUGAUAACCAUGGCAGGACCUUCCUGCAUGCAGCAGCUAUGAAAGGGCACUCUUCAAUCGUGUCCUAUGUUAUAAAGGACAUUAUGCUGGAACAUCUUUUGAACACACAAGACAACGAAGGGAAUACGCCACUCCAUUUGGCCGUGGUUGCAGGGGAGCACAAAGUUAUCUACAAGCUGCUGUCAAGUGGAAAAGUGCGUGCCCACAUUAUGAACGAUGCCGGUUGUACCCCUUCUGAUCUCAUCGAGAAUUCAACGGGUUUCUACUCAAUGGCAAGUCUAGUGGUAGAACUGUAUGUGAUGGGAGCACGGUUCAGGCCACAGAGGCAAGACCAUAUAGAGAAGUGGAAUGGUCAAGACAUAAUGAAAUGGCGAGAGACUACAUCUAAAAAUAUUGCGGUUGUUUCCACCCUCGUGGCCACUGUCGCUUUCUCGGCCGCGUUCAAUGUGCCUGGAUCAUACGGAUCAAGUGGAAAGGCAAAUCUGAGUGGGCACCGUCGGUACGAUGCUUUCAUGGUACUAGACACCAUUGCCAUGACAACUUCAGUGAUUGCAACGAUACUACUGAUCUACGGAAGAGCUUCGCGGUCUCAUCGCUCAUGGCUAGGCUUUAUGGUUGCAAUGCACUUCCUUUGGUUGUCACUUAAUAGCAUGAUGUUAGCCUUCUUCACAGCCAUGGUCGCGGUGAUGAGAGAGAAAAACUCAAUGAAGGUAGCAUUAACUCAGGUAAUCUACAAUGGGUUGUACAUCUUGAUGACACUACUUGCAAACCUUGCAACACCUAGAUCGCUUCUAGGUGUUAUGCAGCUUCUGGUUGGCAGUUGCUUUGAAAGGCGGCGGCGUGCUAAGAGACGCAUAAGUCGGCAGUUUCCCUUCGUUAUCUUUUAUGCACUAAAUGUGGUUGUGUUCAUAGUCGUAAAUACUUUGGCCCUUUCUGCAAUUCAAGUCACGGGUGGUAUGUAG